AUGUUACGAUUGCAUGACUUCUAUCCGUCUCUGGCUGUUAACGUCUACGCCUUCGCUAUUCUGCUUAUUCACACCAUCUCUGUAAAUGGACAGUUUGUUGUUGAAGUGUUGGAGCCAGCUCGUAUGGGCAUUCGACGUUCAGUACAACGUUGUGAGGCUACUGGAGCAAACUUUGGUGCUGAUAUAGUUACCUUUUCAUUUGGUCAUGAAGCCAUCGGAUGUGCCACACAUGCGGAUCCGAUUGAAGCAUGUACAGAUGUGACGUUCUUAACUGCGCUUAGUCGGUGGCAGAAAGCGAUCUGCAGCAAACUAAAUGUUCUUCGAAGUUCAGUUGUUUUUGUAGCAGAAAAAAAAGCAGAAAACACUUACCCUUCCAACAUCACCCUCUGCGACUCAAAUUUCGCCAUAGUUCCGAGAGGCAAUUGCAGUUUUUCGGAAAAGGCGUAUCAUGUGCAGCGUGCCGAACCGUCGGGAUUUCAGGCGCUAAUUGUGUAUAACUCAGAGGGCAAACCUCCUAUAGACAUGGCCGGAAGCAAAUAUGCUGAUCUGGUCCGCAUCCCAGUACUGAUGAUCUCUUACCAGUGUAUGUUAGCCAUUAACAAUACAUAUCCAGCCAGUCAAGGGUAUAUCGUACAGGUCAAAGUAUCGCCAGGUUACUACGAUCUAUUCCGUUAUCUUAUUCCAUUUGUUGUCGUCGUAGGAUUCUGUUUCAUCGUGUUGCUCAUCAGUUUGGUACGUAAGAUAUUCAAGGCGAUUCGCUUAUGCCGCGAGCGUCGACGCGUUGCACGCAAGCGCCUUUCUAAAAGGAAUCUUCGCAAAAUCCCUACAAAAAAGUUCCGAAAGGGUGAUGAACCAGAAACUUGCGCAAUUUGCCUCGAUGAUUUCAUUGAGGGAGAAAAACUGCGUGUUCUGCCAUGUCGACAUAGUGAGUUGAAUAUUAUUUUAUAUCACAGUAGUGAAUUGUCUAAGAAUUUUUCCACAGCUUAUCACUGUAAGUGUAUCGACCCAUGGUUAACUCAAAAUCGCAAAGUUUGUCCGAUGUGCAAGAGACGAGUGGGCGCGAAGAACUCUGAUUCCGAGUCGAGUGACGAAGAAAGGCGUCCAGAGCAGCCAUCUUCUUCUCGAAGUACCUCUAUUGCUCAUACUUACCUUGAAGACGAGGAGCGCACUGAAACCCCAAUACUGUCAGCAUCAACAAGCCAAGUCUUGGCAGAUGUACAUCACAGUGAUAUUGGCGGAUCUCGUGAGCAACUGGUGGAAACAGACGACGGAACGUUGAACUCAGAAAGGGGAGCUACAGAUGACGAAGCUGAGACUAACACCUUAUCACAGUCUUUGAAGAACAAACUCAAGGGAUUCUUCACAAAAGCAUCAUCUCGUCAGCCAACAGAUGGUUCUGGAGAAGUGAACGGAGCUUACGAGGGUGGAAAUACUCCUCCGGCUGAUACUAUCUCUGUACAAACUGCCAUUUUCGAAGAUGUGUCGCUUGAGGAUGGGUAG